UCAUCAUCUUUUGCUUUUGUCCCCCAGACUUGUAUCUCUUUAGCUAGAGAACUAUCGCACCGCACAGCAUUAUAUUUACCAGUCACCAUGUCCAGUUCUUCAAAUCUCGUCGCCAUGAAGAAAAUUGUGCAGCAGCUACGCUUUGAGGCGAGCAUUAACAGAGUGAAGGUGUCCCAAGCUGCUGCAGACCUCCAACAAUUUUGCAUGCAGAAUGCCAUGCAGGACCCUCUCCUGACCGGAGUGUCGUCCAGCACUAAUCCUUUCAGACCACAGAAAGUCUGUUCCUUUUUGUGAGACCACUGCAUUCAUCGGCCUUCUGUUAAGUGCUACAGGGAAAAGUUGACCUCAACACUGCUCUUCAUGUCAAGCCAUUAUAAUACUGCCACGUGAUCUCUUUUGUGUCGAUAAAGAUGAAAUCGUGUCAAAAUUGCCAUCUAUUUUCAACCCGAGGAGAAGAAAGACGGUUUUAUUUUUCAUGGCACAGUGUGAUUUUUUUUUUUCAAUUAAAUUAUUGUGCCUUUUCUAACGUUCUAUUUUAGCCAUCAAUGUUCUUGACUUUUUUGUAUUUAAGGAUUAAAAUACAUUCUUUACUACUCUCUCAA